AAUGACAAGAUUUAAGGUUUAUAUAAUUUUUGAGCAACCAAAUCUGAUUCUUUUUUUUGACUAACUUUUUAUAUAUAUUUUUUUAUUUUUUUAACUUCAUGGUAAGAAUCUAGAGGGCGUCAAUGGUAGGACCACCAUCACAUAUAUUGCCGAUGCCGAUUGCCGACACAGAAAAAAUCCAGGAUAUUUGGGCGAAAUAUGGGUUUAUCCCCGGACACCUCUGAAAAACAAUUUUUUAAAACGCGGGGGGGCACAGGUGGGAGAGUUCGAUCAUCGACUAUUUUGCCGUGCCUUUUAUGCGGGUUAUUAUGAAUGCAUGUUUUAAAACCCCUGCCGGACGGCCACCCUUCAACCUAGGACAAAUCCGGGGAUUUCCGGACGGAUGGCAGUCCUAGUCAAGGGUUAAACGUCAAAAAUAACAAAGAAAAAUAAAGUUUAUUUUCUAUAAAGUAAUAAGUUACGUAGGAAAUUUUAGUAGGAAAUAUUAUACCCUUUUUAAUAAUGGCACAACCAAAGCUUAAUCAAAGGAUUGCCGAGGAAUCUCAGUUGUUAGCCGAAGAAAGAUGGAUAAAAGAAGCUUUGACGAAGAUAAAAAACCAACGAAAUUGUUUACAAAUUGAACGAUUACAUUUAGAGAGCAUGAAGGGACAACUGAAGCUAGAUGCAGACAAGUUCCAGAACAAGUCCAGUGCACCAGAGAAGCCGCUGUCUGAUGAAAUAUUGGGACGGAGAAUGAGAGACAGCAUUGAGUUUGAGGUGCCCAUCAUAGAUGAGGGGUGUAAUGAGGAACUCAACCUGGAUGUUAACAAUCAUGGAUUUGGUAACCUCAUGGAGGGAAAUAAUUUCAACAUAGAGGAAGAGGAGGAUGAGGACAUGGGUGAUGAGGACCUGCUCAUCGAUAUGAACAUGUUCAUGAACGGAAACAGGCCACGGGGAAGGAAUAUGUAAGCUCUCUAUUGGAAAGAGGUUGGGGUUUAAUUCUGAAAUAAGUGUUAGUUAUGGAUGAAAAUCUAAUUCCUAAUUUCAAAAGUGGCGAUAGCCUAGUUAGGUGUGGAAUGGUCUGCCAAGACAAAUGUCUGCAGUUUCAAACCGAAGGGCACACACCUCUGACUUUUCUACAAUUAUGUGUGUAUUUUUUGUGAAUUAUUGCUUAUGUUAACUGUGAAGGAAAACAUCGCGAAGGAACCUGCAUACCUAAGGAGUUAUCUCUAGAAAUUUUGAGUAUGUGUGAGGUCUACUAAUUUGUUCUAGGCUAGUAUGGCGGACUAAGGCCAAUCCCUCUCAGUAUAGUAGAGGAGGCCCAUGCACAGCAAUGGGACAGUAUAUAAUACAGGGCUGAUAGUAUUAUUAUGUACGAAUUACAUGAAAAUUUUCAUAGUUUCUGCCGAUUGAGAGAUAAAAGAAACUCGGAUAAGUCAUAUUAAGUGAUCAUUGUGCAAAAACUUUAUUUCUUAUUGGUCCAUGUUUAAUUGAGAUAUCAAACACGAUUUUUUAUUAAUUUUGGAAGAUAAUCGUAAAAUUCGGCAUGACGUAAAUUUUCGCAUUUCAAUAACCCUGCACUUGAUAAGUGGAAGGGUAAACUGUGGUAAUACCUGUCUCGUUGUCCACCAUAUUUGCUGGCCUGCCUAAUGAAAACAAAUAAUUUUAAUUUUAACAUAUUAUGUUAUCUGGGAUUAAAUUUUUUUGUGGCACUUUUAUAUACUGUAUGAGAUAUGGAAAGUUGAUGUCAAGUAAAAAUGUAUACAAAUGAAUUCUUUGUUUCCAAAAAUAUACAGAUAUUGACAGAAGCCAA